GACACCUUCAGGCUUAAAUAAAAUGCUGGCAUUCGCUUCGAGACGACUGGUAGUCGCCGGUGCUGUCACCCGGGCAGCACUUUCGCCCACGAUGACCCACGGCAAUGUGGCGGUGUGGCACAAGAAGGAAGGCGAUGAAAUCGGGCCGGGCGAUGCCCUGUGCGACAUCGAGACGGACAAGGCAACCAUGGCCUUCGAAGCGCAGGAUGAGGGAGCCGUGGCCAAAAUCCUAGUCGAAGAGGGCACGAGCGACAUUGCCGUCGGAUCACCCAUCAUGUCUUAGCAAGGCGCAAAAGGCAUACGUGGAUGCCUUCGGCUCCACUGGUCAAACGCCUAUGUGACAGGAAGAGAUCAGUCUUACCGCCAGAGGUGGAGCAUCCCGCAGAGUUUGAUACCUAUCAAAUCAGGAUUGGAUCGUGUACGAAGGAAAAGGGAAAAGGCAGACAAGGAUAGAGAGGACUUUUUUGGGAAAGGUUAUGGGUAUAGAAGUUGCUGAUUGAUUAAAUCAAUCGAUGCCAUUAGAUUUCACCCAUAUAUGAGGAAGAAGAAAUUGAUCGAUUUCA